CCUUUUAAAAGAGCAGCGCUGGCGGAGUCUGAUGGUUUUGGAAGAUAAGCGGGACAAAAGCAUGUCUUUCACGCAGAUGGUGAUCGAGGAGGACUCCAUGAGGAACGGCAGGGGGUUGUCGGAUCAGUGGGCCGAUUCAGUGGUGGUUCGACCUCGGACCACCGAGCGGCACAUCACGGUGCACAGGAGACUUGUGCUCGGGUUUGCCAUUUCCAUCCUGGGUCUGAUCAUUGUCACCAUCAUAGCGGUGCUUCUGAGUGUCAAGUUUGAGGAGUGUGGCAAUGAAAGUAGCGCCAGAGUAGGGAACACCACGGCGUAUAACGGGAGAGAGAGCUCCAGCAACCCCAAUCGCAGCAAGACCGCCGGGCAGCCGUGGGCUCAGCUGAGAUUGCCCGCCUCUGUCAAACCCUCCCAUUACGAUCUGAACAUAACUGUUUUCAUGGACAACUUUACUUUCUCUGGAGUUGUCAGCAUUCAGAUUGACUGCGUGAAGUCCACUCGGUACAUCGUGCUGCAUGCGGACAAGCUGAGGAUUAAAGGGGUAGAGGUGACUGUUGAAAACAGAUCUGCCCCUCUCGGGCUCAGAAGAUAUUUCUUAUAUCCGCAAAAUCAAAUGUUGGUGAUUAUUCUGACUCACGACCUCAAGGCACACCAGCGCUAUACCGUGACACUAAACUACGGCGCUCUCAUUGCAGACGAACUGCUCGGCUUCUUCCGGAGCUCGUAUGUAACAGCCGGGGAGAGGAGGUAUCUUGCAGUGACGCAGUUUUCUCCCACACAUGCCCGUAAGACCUUUCCAUGCUUUGAUGAGCCGGUCUACAAAGCAACAUUUAGAAUUGGCAUCAAGUACCAAGACACUUACCUGGCACUGUCCAACAUGCCAGUUGAUGUCACCACUCACGAGGAAGGGGGGUGGGUCACUGAUCGAUUUGUACAAACGCCCCGAAUGUCAACAUACUACCUGGCCUGGGCAAUCUGCAACUUCACCUAUAAGGAGACAGUUACUGACAGUGGCAUCACUGUGGGACUCUACGCCAGGCCAGAUGCCAUUCAACAAGGAUCUGGUGAUUACGCUUUAAAUAUUACAAAGAGGCUGCUGGAAUUUUAUGAAGAUUACUUUAAUAUCAGCUAUUCAUUGCCGAAAUUAGAUCUGCUGGCAGUGCCCAAGUUCCCCUAUGCUGCUAUGGAGAACUGGGGAUUGAGCGUGUUUGUAGAAGAAAGGAUUUUGCUGGACACAGAAGUCUCAUCCAUUUCCCAUUUUCUGGAUGUCACCAUGGUUGUCAUACAUGAAAUCUGCCAUCAGUGGUUUGGCGACCUCGUGACUCCCAUUUGGUGGGAAGAUGUAUGGCUGAAGGAGGGAUUUGCUCACUAUUUUGAAUAUAUUGGUACGGAUUACCUUCACCCAGAAUUUAACAUGGAGAAACAGCGUUUUUUGACCGACAACCUUCAUGAAGUGAUGGUUCUUGAUGGUCUGGCCAGCUCGCACCCGAUAUCCCAGGAAGUCCUUCAAGCAACGGACAUUGACAGGGUCUUUGACUGGAUUGCAUACAAGAAGGGGGCUGCAUUGAUUCGAAUGGUGGCUAAUUUUAUGGGGCAGAAUGUAUUUCAAAAAGGACUACAGGCUUUUUUGACAGCUCACAUGUACGGCAAUGCAGGGAGGAAUGACCUAUGGAACAAACUAAGAGAGACACUGCAGAAAAUUGGGAAAAACAUAAAUAUUAAAGAAGUCAUGGACUGUUGGACAUUACAGAUGGGUUAUCCCGUGGUCACCAUUGUUAGAAAUGAGAAGAAUGUUGAUAUUUUAACCAUCACGCAAGAACACUUCCUCUAUGACCACAAUAGAAAAUCAACAAAUUCAUCAAAUAGCAGCUAUUUGUGGAAAAUUCCUCUAACUGUCGCUGUAGGAAACUUGAGCCAUAUCUCCACAGAGACUAUGAUAUGGAUUAACAAUAAAACAGAGAAUCAUCAAAUCGGUAUGUUGGAUGAAAAUAUUUGGUUCUUAGGAAACCUUAAUCAGACGGGCUACUUUAGGGUUAACUAUGAUUUGAAGAACUGGCGGUUGUUGAUUGAGCAGCUGAUGACCAAACCUGAGGUGAUUUCAGUUGGGAACCGAGCAGGACUGAUCGAUGAUGCUUUCAACCUGGCCAGAGCUGGCUAUUUACCACAGAGCAUUCCUCUGGAGAUUAUAAAGUACCUUCACAAGGAGAAGGAGUUUCUUCCUUGGCACGCUGCAAGUAACGUGCUGCUUUAUCUGGAUAGGCUGGUGGACCGGAACAAGGAGUACAACAUUUUUAAACAAUAUGUCGUGCAGCAGGUUGCAUCAAUGUACCUCGCCCUGGGAUGGCCAGAAGAUGCAGCAAACAGUUCUGUUGUUCAAGCAUCAUAUCAGACUGAGGAACUGCGUCGAAAAGUUCUUCUCUUGUCUUGUAAAUUUGGAAUUGUUCACUGUCAUAACAAGGCGACACUACUUCUUUCAAAAUGGAUGGAAACUGGUCAAAACAGAAUACCACCAAAUGUUAGAGACAUUGUUUACUGCACUGGGAUUUCACUCAUGGAUGACAAUGUGUGGGAAUUCAUAUGGAGCAAAUACCAAUCCUCAACUGUUGUUCUGGAGAGGAAGAUCCUACUGGAGUCCCUGGCGUGCAGCAAAAACCCACUUUUGUUGAGCAGGCUUCUUAACUUAUCACUAAGUUCCCAAUUGGUACCUGAUCAGAAUGUCAUAGAUGUUAUAAUUCACGUGGCUAAGUAUCCAAAUGGUCGAGAUUUGGCCUGGAAAUUCUUCCAGGAAAAAUGGGCCACAUUUAAUUCAAGGUUUGGAGAAGCUUUGUUUAUUAUCUCCAGGCUCAUCAAAGGUGUGACAGAGUUUCUGAGUACAGAAGUUGAAUUUAAUGAGCUGAAGAGCUUCGUAAAGAACCUCAGAAAGGGGGAAGAUGCCUCCUUCACACAAGCCAUUGAAAUAGUGGACACAAAUGUUCGAUGGCAUGACCAGUUAGAAGAUGAGCUGUUCCAGUGGCUCAGGAACUCGCUGAACAGCUAAUUUGUAACACGUCUAAAUAUUUAUAGCAUGAAGUACUUUGAUGCAUUUGUACUAUCUAAAAUUCUUCGACUUUUGUGAGAA